AUGAAUGGCAGUUCUCCCAGAAGGGAGAUCAAGAACCACAAGCUCUUUGAGAUCGCUACUGAGGUAGCGAACAGAGUCGGUGGUAUCUACUCAGUGUUGAAAUCCAAGGCUCCUGUGACCAGCCUCGAAUAUGGCGACCGAUAUACCCUCAUCGGUCCUCUUAAUAAGAAUUCUGCUGCUGUGGAAGUCGAAGAAAUACAGCCAGAGCCAGGAGCCCUACUGGACACAAUGAAUGCUAUGCGUGAACGAGGCAUUGAGCUUAUGUAUGGACGAUGGCUCAUCGAGGGAGCUCCCCGAGUACUUCUCAUCAAUACAGGCACUGGCUACCGCUGGCUCGACGAAUGGAAGGGUGAUCUCUGGUCUAGUGCUGGAAUUCCUUCGCCUGACGCGGACCAUGAGACAAAUGAGGCAAUAGUUUUUGGUUAUCUGGUUGCCUGGUUUCUCGGAGAAUACAUUUCACGCGACACAACGACCGCAGUAAUAGCUCACUUCCAUGAGUGGCUGGCUGGUGUUGCCCUACCUUUAACCAAAAAGCGACAAAUGGACGUAACCACGAUAUUCACCACACACGCUACACUUCUCGGACGAUACCUCUGCGCUGGCUCAGUCGAUUUCUACAAUAACCUCCAAUACUUUGACGUGGAUUCUGAGGCUGGCAAGCGAGGUAUCUAUCACAGAUAUUGCAUAGAAAGAGCUGCUGCACAUUCAUGCGACGUCUUCACCACAGUCUCGCACAUCACAGCUUAUGAAUCUGAGCACUUGCUGAAACGGAAACCCGACGGUGUUCUCCCUAACGGUCUCAACGUCAAAAAGUUCUCGGCCGUCCACGAGUUUCAAAAUCUGCACACGAUUCAGAAAGAGAAGAUUCACGAUUUCGUACGAGGUCAUUUCUAUGGCCACCUCGAUUUUGAUCUCGAUAACACUCUCUACCUAUUCACUGCUGGCCGAUACGAAUACCGAAAUAAGGGAGUAGACAUGUUCAUCGAGUCCCUGGCACGUCUUAAUCAUCGCAUGAAGGUUUCAGGCUCCAAGACAACUGUUGUGGCAUUCAUGAUCAUGCCUGCUCAGACAACUUCCCUGUCUGUCGAUUCUCUGAAGGGUCAGGCUGUGACCAAAGCUCUCGCAGACACUGUCGGAAAUAUCGAAAGAUCGGUCGGGAAAAAGUUGUUUGAACGUGCCGUGCACUGGAAAGAUGGUGAUGCUAUGCCAGAUGAGAAAGAGCUUAUUACUGCCCAAGACAAGGUCCUGCUCCGCAGGAGGUUAUUCGCUAUGAAGAGACAACAGCUGCCUGCCAUCGUCACCCACAACAUGGUUAGCGACAGCGAAGACCCUGUCCUGAAUCAAUUGAGACGUGUGCAGCUAUUCAACCAGUCUUCCGAUCGAGUCAAAGUCAUUUUCCAUCCUGAGUUCCUGAACGCCAACAACCCAGUACUCUCACUAGACUACGACGACUUUGUGCGCGGUACUCAUCUUGGAGUUUUCGCCUCCUACUACGAGCCAUGGGGCUACACUCCAGCCGAAUGCACGGUUAUGGGUGUACCGUCGAUCACGACCAAUUUGUCAGGUUUUGGCUGCUAUAUGGAAGAGCUAAUUGAGAACUCCUCGGAUUACGGUAUCUACAUCGUUGAUCGAAGGACAAAGGGUGUCGAUGAUUCUGUCAACCAACUCACUGAUUACAUGUUCGACUUUACCACAAAGAGUAGGAGACAACGUAUCAACCAGCGAAAUAGGACUGAACGACUAAGCGAUCUGCUUGACUGGAAGAGGAUGGGUAUGGAGUACGUGAAGGCUCGGCAACUCGCUCUGCGAAGAGCUUACCCGCAAUCCUUCGACGAGGAGGACGACUUUGAUGGCGAGAUUGGCGGUACCGACCAGAAGAUCUCUCGGCCAUUAUCUGUGCCUGGGUCACCAAGGGAUCGUAGUGGCAUGAUGACUCCGGGUGAUUUUGCAUCGUUGCAGGAAGGCAAGGAAGGCCUUAGUACGGAGGACUAUAUUUCCUGGAAGCUACCUGAAGAGGAAGAUCCAGAUGAGAUUCCAUUCCAGCUUACCCUCAAAAAGAAGGGUGACUCAGGUACCAGCUCUCCAGCCCCAUUGAUGGGCGCCAACGGUGCUUCGUGA